AGGAGGCGGUAGCUGUGCUGCGGCCGUGCUAUGGCAGAGAAGGGCGAUGGGGAGCGAGCUCUGCUGGCGGCGGAGCCGGAGCUCCCGGAGCUCCCGGAGCUCUCCGAGCCCGAGGCCGGGGCGCAGUCGGAGGCCGAGGCCGAGUCCGUGGCUGUGGCUGAGUCCGUGUCCACAUCGCGAGCAGAGACCUCCCCGCUGUCCGCGCUCUGCGACCCGGCCCACCUGGCGCACCGGCUGCUGGCGCUGGCCCUCAUGUGCUUGCUGGGCUUCGGCAGCUAUUUCUGCUACGACAACCCUGCUGCUCUCCAGACCCAGAUUCAAGAGGAUAUGCAGGUACACACGGUGACCUUCAUGCUUCUGUACUCCUGGUAUUCUUGGCCCAACGUGAUUCUUUGUUUCUUUGGCGGCUUUUUGAUAGAUCGAGUGUUUGGAAUCCGGUGGGGUUCCGUUAUAUUUAGCUUCAUUGUUUGUAUUGGACAGGUCAUUUUUGCCAUGGGUGCACUAAUUAAUGCUUUUUGGCUGAUGCAGUUGGGCAGAUUUGUAUUUGGGAUUGGUGGGGAGUCCUUAGCAGUUGCACAAAAUACCUAUGCUGUGAGUUGGUUUAAGGGCAAAGAAUUAAACCUGGUGUUUGGACUCCAGCUUAGCAUGGCUAGAAUUGGGAGUACAGUAAACCUGAAUGUUAUGGGAUGGCUGUAUUCCAAGAUAGGUUUAUUUGGUUUACCUGGUCACACAACGCUUGGCAUCACGCUUAUGAUUGGGGGUGUAACAUGUGUCCUUUCACUAAUCUGUGCAUUGAUUCUUGGCUACAUGGACUGGAGGGCAGAACAAAUCCUUCAUAAAGAACAGGGGAAAAUUGGUGAAGUUAUCAAAUUGACAGACGUGAAGGACUUCUCGCUGUCCCUGUGGCUCAUCUUUGUGAUUUGUGCGUGUUACUAUGUGGCCAUAUUUCCUUUUAUCGGACUUGGCAAGGUCUUCUUUAUGGGGAAAUUUAAAUUAUCCGAACAACAAGCAAGUGCAGUCAACAGUAUUGUGUAUGUCAUCUCGGCUCCUCUGUCUCCCAUCUUUGGGCUGAUGGUGGACAAGACAGGCCGGAACAUCUUCUGGGUUCUGUGCGCAGUCGUGGCCACCAUGGCUUCCCACAUGAUCAUGGUGUUUACCUUCUGGAAUCCGUGGAUUGCCAUGUGUCUCCUUGGAAUCUCCUAUUCCCUUCUUGCCUGUGCAUUGUGGCCAAUGGUGGCCUUUGUUGUUCCUGAACAUCAGCUGGGGACUGCAUAUGGCUUCAUGCAGUCUAUCCAGAAUCUUGGGCUGGCUGUAAUGUCCAUUGUUGCUGGUGAAAUAUUGGAUAUUUGGGGGUAUUUCUUUUUGGAAAUAUUCUUCAUUGCCUGUGUUUCUGUCUCAUUUUUAGCAGUGGUUUUGCUGUACUUGGUGGAUUGUACUCGAGGAGGCAGCCUUAAUUAUACUUCCAGACAAAGGCUGGAGCUGUCCAUGGUGACUCAUGCCAAAUGAAUUUGAAGAGCAGUCAUCACCAGAGAGGCAGCUGCAUCCUGUGCUUGGGAGAGCCAGACACUGGGGAAGCAGUUACAGUCUGGAAAGGGGAAAGGGGCCCUUUGGGAAUCACUUCUGUCAUGUGCUGAACAGCUUCUUUCUAAAGUUCUUUCCUCCAAGUAUAUUUCUGUAAGAUGAUACGUUAUCUUAGAUCAUGUCUUUUGUGUGGUUUGCUGCAAAAGGAUUACCCUUAAUUGCUUGCAAAUGAUUUAUUAGUGUCCAGGUCCAGCAGAAUGCUCUGGAAAGCCUUGCUCCACUUUGCCAGGGGCAGUAAAUAAAAGGGGACAAGAUGGGCUCUGUUGAGGGACUUCUCACUAGGUCAUCUCAUUUUCAUAUUUUCUGAAUCUGGAAAUUGGAGUUGGUUACCUUUUUUUUUUUUAACCAAAACCAAACAAUUCAACAAGCCCCAAUCAACCAAAAGAACCCUAAAGUUUUAUAUCGAAUAAAAUGGAGUAUGAGUUGAAGUGUA